UAUUUAGGGUUUACAGGGUUCUCUCUGUCUCGGGGAUGGGAGACCGGGCGACGCUCCAUCGGCUGUGGGAGAAAUGGGCGCUGCCAUUCAUCUCCGUCUCAGGAGAUAAGCCUCUUACAGGCGCCGCGCUGAUCAAUGUAUCCGCCGAUCGGCCAUCGCGCUUCUACACAUUGAUUGUCGAGCAAGAGGUGCUCUCCUUUAAGCCCUCGGGCAUGCGGCCCAUGAUGGAAGCCAUUAGAAACAAUUCGCUCCACACGGACUACUUCUACAUUGGACCCGAUAAGUAUCUAGUUACUGCGAUCUUGGAGAACGUCUACUGCGCACGUUGCGUGAAUGCCAGGAACUUAAGUGGUUGCGGGGUCAUAAUUUCUCGUCACGCACCUUUCAUUAUAAUAGCCACGUACGAGGGCGCUGUUUGUGAGGCGUGUAAGGCUGCCGAAGUUGUUGAGUCGUUCCUGGACCAACUCUCGCAGGCUGUUGCAUGAGUUUGCGCCGCAACGUGUUACUUACGACAGCGCAGACCUCGUUUUUAAUUCAAUUCUGGAGCACCAGUCACCGAUUUUC